AACGCAAAAUAUCACACCGAUAACGUGACUAAAAACAUUCACCAAACGCGCCACACUCAUCAAAACAUUUCCGUGUUUAUUGUUCAUGCGAUAAUUCAUGUGAUUAAUAAUCCCUGACGAUGCUAUUGCAAAAUUCUACACGCGCACAGCUGAAAUUACAUUCUAAAUGCAUAAAAACAGUGCAAUCGUCAAUAAAAUCGCAAUAAUUUCCACCACAGCUGAUAAAAUUAGAUAAAACAACUUGAUACUCGUACAUAUGUACAGAUAAUAUUCAAAUCUGCGUUGUUUGAACGAUAAGCAAUGACUGGCGAGAGUUUAAACUGGUUUCAUUUGUGAGUGGAGUGCAUUCUGUGCCUCCAAUGUGAAUGCCUGUUGAAUUUCAAUGUUUGCGAUCAGCAGACUCUCUGUGCAUUACCUAAAGCGCACUGCGUCCUCACAUUCCAACGCGUCGUCGUCCAGGGACGAUGACAACUUAUAUCUGAUUGUUGAGGACAAGAAUCAACUUCUGCUCGAGGAGGAAGACUUCCACAGGGGGAACAUCAUGGGAGACAAUCAGAAUCAUCGAGAUAUGCCUCAGCAGAGGAAAGGUUUCCUCAAAGGAUUGAUGGAAACCAACAAAUGGUUGUUGUUUAUGCUUACCACGGGUCUAAUGGUGUAUUUUACGGUGUGGUUGAUGUUUUUUCAUGUUUCUGGUGAUGGACUUUAUUAUCCACUUGAUAAAUUCCACAAAAGAAUACCUUCACAAUGGGUCCACAGAGCGGUUGUUUACAACACUUAUGACUUUGAUGAGUUCUCAAACUAUACAAUAAUCCCUCCUAACCUCAAAACAUUACUACCCGAUGAUGUUGAUAGACUACCGCCAUCUAACGGUACAAAAAUGGUGUGUUAUUAUAAUUUCCCAGCGUUGAAUGAUACUUUAAGACGAUUACAAGCUGUUGAUAUUGAGCCACAUCUAUGUACGCAUAUAAAUCUUGCUUUUGCUAGCGUGCUAGACUCGAAAAUUUACCUCUCCGAUGAACAAUUGCAAGUUGUUGAGGAAGUGAUGCUUCUGAAGACCAAAAACAAGAAGUUGAAGGUGUUGAUUAGUGUUGGUGGCGCUGGAGAUGACAAUGGUUUUCCUAAUAUGGUGAAAGAUCAUGAAAAUCGUAAGAUAUUUAUUAAAAGUAUUCUGGAUUAUGUGAAAACUCACAAGUUUGAUGGCGUUGAUCUUGACUGGGAGUUCCCUGGAACAAAUGCCAAUCCGAAAACUAAGCAGCGCAUGCAUUUCACGCAACUUUUGCAUGAAAUUCGGAAUGAAAUCAAUCGGCAGGAACAUUUUAAGUUUUUGUUGACUGUGGCGGUUGCUGCGCCUGUGUUUAUUGUGGAUGUGGCUUAUGAUGUGAGCUAUAUGAAUGAGUAUGUUGAUUUUGUCAACUUGAUGAGUUAUGAUUACCACUUCUACACCAAGUUUACGCCGUUCACGGGCAUGAAUUCGCCGUUGUAUGCCAGGGAAACUGAUAUUGGGUAUUUUAGUACUCUGAAUAUUAAUUAUACUGUGCAUUAUUGGCUCAAUAAGGGAAUUGCUCGUGAGAAGUUGGUUGUUGGGUUGCCUACGUACGGACAUAGCUUCAGAUUGGUUAAUUCCUACAAUCAUGGCAUAAACGCAGCUGCAAAUGACUACGGCACACUCGGCGCGGACGGAUUCGUUGGCUACAACGAAUUAUGCGUGUUUCUGCGUCGUAAUCAAAUCACACCGAUGUUUGACUUGGUCACACGCAGCGCAUUCGCUACACGCCACCACGAAUGGGUUUCCUUCGACGACAGGCAGAGUCUCACCUACAAAACUGAAUUUAUCCGCGCGAAUCGUUUUGCUGGAGUCAUGGUAUACGCACUGAACACUGAUGAUCAUGCCGGUGUGUGCAUGGAGAACAAUACAACCAAAUUUCCACUCACAAAAACCAUAAAAUACGCGUUGACAGGCUAAAAUCUACAAAAUAUCGAAUAGCAACCGUAGUCUAACCUAAUUUUAUAGGUAAACGGGAUAAUAGGUUAGUUUUUAGAUAAUUUGUGUCAUUCCAAAGUAAGUUACCUGAAUUUACCUGAUAUUAUGCCAUUUGUAGGGAAAUUUUAGUGGAAUUUGUAUUUAUUCAAUGGAAUUCUGUGAUUUUCAAUGAUUUUAAGGUUAAAUCGAAUAUUAUUAUGCAUUUAAGUAUUAAUUACUCAAUCUAGAGGUGUGCAAGCCCUGAAAAUGGGAGUCAGUAUUAGGAAAGGUGAUAAAUGGCCAAAUCUUAACUUAAAUUAAAUCAAAAUCAUAAAUUAUCAAUAAU